AUCAAUGCGCGCCGGCGGCAGAGGUUGUGUGGCGCGUUGUUGUGCGCUGCUGUCGGGAUUGCUUUCGGAAAGACAUGACCACACAGUACGGUAUUCUCUUCAAGCAAGAGCAAGCUCACGAUGAUGCCAUUUGGUCAGUUGCCUGGGGAAAAAAUAAAAAUGAUGGAUCUGAAACAGUGAUCUCUGGCUCUCUGGAUGAUCUGGUGAAGGUCUGGAAGUGGAAUGAUGAGAAGCUGGACCUGCAGUGGACUCUGGAGGGUCACCAGCUGGGGGUGGUGUCAGUGGACAUCAGCCACACAGGGGCCAUUGCAGCAUCCAGCUCCCUGGACGCCCACAUCCGCCUCUGGGACCUGGACACUGGCAAACAGAUCAAAUCCAUAGAUGCUGGUCCUGUUGAUGCUUGGUCCCUGGCUUUUUCACCUGAUUCCCAGUACCUUGCAACAGGAAGUCAUGUGGGGAAAGUAAAUAUUUUCGGUGUUGAAACUGGAAAGAAAGAAUAUUCUCUGGACACCAGAGGGAAGUUCAUCCUUAGCAUUGCAUAUAGUCCAGAUGGAAAAUACUUGGCCAGUGGAGCAAUAGAUGGCAUUAUCAAUAUUUUUGAUAUUGCUACUGGAAAACUGCUGCAUACGCUAGAAGGCCAUGCCAUGCCCAUCCGCUCUCUGACCUUCUCCCCUGACUCCCAGCUCCUGGUCACCGCCUCUGACGACGGCUACAUCAAAAUCUACGAUGUGCAACAUGCAAACCUGGCUGGCACAUUAAGCGGUCACGGAUCCUGGGUCUUAAAUGUAGCAUUUUGUCCUGAUGAUACCCAUUUUGUUUCCAGUUCAUCUGAUAAAAGUGUAAAGGUUUGGGAUGCUGGCACGAGGACCUGUGUCCAUACUUUCUUUGACCACCAAGAUCAGGUAUGGCUGCUAUUCCCUCAGUCCCCAGGUUCCCAGGAGAGCUUCUGUUGUGCACAUUUGUGCUUCACCUUGGUGCUGGUGCUGCAGCUCCAGGCUUGCAGUAAUGCAACUUCAGCUUGUUAGAAUGAAAUCUUACAGGUUCUGGUUAUUUAGUACAUAAUAUUGAACUAAUUAAUUACUUCCAAGUAUUUAACAUUUUUCAGGCCCAAGUAAAGGCAAUCCUGAGUGGCCAAAGUCUCACCAGAUUCUAUUUGUUAACUUUGUCUCUGGUCUUAUUUCUGUUACUUUACAGAGCAUGUGCAGAGUAAGGGUGGAAAUACUUACUUAAAAUGAUGGAAUUACCUAAACACGUUUGAAAGCAGCCUGGAAACUGGAUAAUUUUUCCUCCUCCAGUGUAAUACUGUGGGGUUUUAAUUUAUUGCUCAGUGAUAGCUACCUGUGAGGGAAGGAGUUAGGUUUCUACCCUAUUUACUCUUUGUGCAGGUGUCAGGUGAUAAACAGAACAAUGUUGUAUUUUAAUGGAUCGUUGAGCAAGAAACAAACAAAAGGAUGUUCUUCGAGAUUUUGUUAGAAUGUUUUCUUCCAUAGUACCUCUGGUAACCUUUUCAGUUGUCUAUAGCCACGGGGAUGUUAGUAUUGAAGUACCAAGUGGGAUUUGAUCUGCCCUGUUGCUGUAGUUGUUGUGUAUAAUCUCAUUCAGUCUGUGGCCAGCAGAGAUGGAUCAAGAUUACAUCUCAGUUACUGGGAGUGCUGGGUUUGGUGCUAAUGCAAGUAGUGUACAAGAUUGCCCAAAACAUCCCGUGGUCAGCACACCCACCCUGCAUUUCACAUUCAUCACCCUUGCUGAUGUCAUUCUGAUAGAAAGGGGGCACUUGAGAGCUCAUCUAACUGUCUCAAACAAGACGACUGAGCUGCAUUUUUCUAAGGAAGUUCUGCACUGGUAGGGAAAUGGUUCUCUGGAAGAGCUCAAGGAUAAACCAGGUCAUUCUUCAGUCUGCAUCCCAAAUACUUCCUCUCUUGCUUUCCUGCACUGUAAAAUCCUGGUUUCAGAAAGGGCUGCAGGACAGGCACAAGUGAAAAUGCAAACUGGGGCCAGUCCUUUGGAGUAACUGUGGCUGGUGUAACCCCCUGGCAGCAGGUGUGGCUCCUGCAGGGUAGGGUCCUGCACCAGUUCUGAUGCAGUGACUGCACUAACCCUUCCUCUACUGCUUGUAAUAAAUAUGAGGGCCACAAUGAUGCUUCUCCUUUGUCCUCUCUUGCUAAACUUGCCUGUCUUUAUUUACAGGUCUGGGGAGUAAAAUACAAUGGAAGUGGGUCCAAAAUUGUGUCUGUUGGUGAUGACCAAGAAAUUCACAUUUAUGACUGCCCAGUUUAAGUG